GGCAGGCAAGUUGCGCUGCAUUAGCAGGCUGGCAGGCACGCGCACAAACACCGGAGCAGCCCGCGUGCGCACGCUAGGCUGCUUUCGACUAUGAUGCAAUGGCGACUGCGCCGUGGGAAGAGAGCGAGGAGUUGAAUGAGUUUCCCUUCACAGUUGAAGCGGAGCUGCCGCCGGUCCAGAGGGGCUACUGCGGACGGAAACUCUGCGCUGCCCCGCCACAUGGAAGCACUCAGCCAGGUGUGUCUGCUACUAGCCCCGCAGCUAGCCCUGUCAUGACGGCUGGAGCAAUUUCUCACACAUCUGUGCGACACGAGAGAGAAGAAGAAGAAGCAUUCUCGCCCUGAGACAAAAUCAAGGUCGGAGAGGUUGUCGGGAUAAUAUUAUUUUUUUAAAGAAGGAGCUUGGUGAAUUUCCUCCACAUUGACUGGACUACCAUGGCCGAAAGGACCUCAAGCGGGUUGUUGACGAUGAUGUUGGAGCCCACGCCUGCCGUCGCGAUGACCCUGCCGGCGGAGGUCCGGGAGAAGCUGGCCGAGCUGGAGCUGGAGCUCUCUGAAGGGGACAUCACACAGAAGGGAUACGAGAAGAAAAGAAGCAAGCUGCUGGCACCUUACAUCCCACAGAUACAAGGUGUAGAUCCAUCGAUUGACAACAGGAUCCAGGCCUCUUCCCAAGCCGUUCUUCCCAGUUCCAAACACAACAGGUCUCGGGCCGCUAACGCCCGGGAUGAAAGGUUCAGAUCUGACAUUCAUACAGAGGCUGUCCAAGCAGCUUUGGCAAAGUACAAGGAAAGGAAGAUGCCCAUGCCUUCCAAGAGGCGCUCUGUACUAGUUCAGUCUUCAGUUGAGGCAUGCACCCCUCCAGACACCUCCUCGGCUUCCGAAGAUGAAGGCUCACUACGUUGGCAGGGACGCCUGGCCACUUCCACCCCCUACCAGGGUCACAGUCACCCAGCCGUAGAGCACUGGUUCAACCGUGUCAUCCAGGGUUCAUCCACCUCAUCCUCUGCCUCAUCCACGUCAUCGCACACGGGAGGGAGAUCUGCCACCAACAGCAGCGCCCACCAAGCCCUCAAUGCCAACGCUGCAGCAACUGCUCUGGCUGACCUGAUGGCGCACACCCAGCUAGAUAACCACUUGGCGCCUCCAGACGUGACGGGCCUGUCGGAGCGCUCCUCACAUCAUGUGGAGCGGCCCCAGGUGGCCUCGAUGCGAGGCGUUUCCCGCAGCCACAACCACCAGCCCAACGUCAUGGAGACCGCAGAUGGGGUUCCAGUCAGCAGUCGUGUCUCCAACAAAAUCCAGCAGCUGCUCAACACGCUGAAAAGGCCAAAGCGACCGCCGCUGCGAGAGUUUUUCGUUGAUGACUUUGAGGAGCUUUUGGAUGUUCAGCAGCCAGAUCCCAACCAGCCUCGGCCAGAAGGCCAGCAGAUGAGUCCUUUGGAAGGAGAGCCUCUGAGGGGGAUCACCAACUGGCCCGCAUCGCUGCCAGUAGCCUUACAAAGAUGGGGCACCACCCAUCCAAAGAGCCCCUGUCUGACAGCACUGGACAAUGCUGGCAAGCCCGUCUACACUCUCACCUAUGGUAAACUGUGGACCCGCUGUCAGAAACUGGCCUACACUCUUCUCAACAAGCUGAGCAGCAGAAAUGAGCCUCUACUUAUGCCUGGAGACAGAGUUGCACUUGUUUUCCCUAACAACGACCCGGUGAUGUUCAUGGUGGCUUUCUAUGGCUGUCUCCUCGCAGAACUGGUCCCUGUGCCUAUUGAAGUCCCCCUGACCAGAAAGGAUGCAGGAAGUCAGCAGAUCGGUUUUCUUCUGGGCAGCUGUGGAGUCACAUUAGCACUGACCACUGAUGCUUGUCAAAAAGGUCUGCCCAAAGCACAAACAGGGGAGGUUGCAACUUUCAAAGGAUGGCCACGAUUGUUGUGGUUUGUGACGGACGGAAAACAUGUAGCGAAGCCUCCAAAGGACUGGCAGCCUUCAAUUCGAGAAGCCAGCAAUGACAUUGCAUAUAUUGAAUAUAAAACCAGUAAAGAAGGAAGCACCAUGGGGAUCACAGUGUCUCAUUCGGCCAUGUUGGCGCACUGUCAUGCCCUCACUGAGGCCUGUGGUUACACAGAAGGAGAAACAAUGACCAAUGUCUUGGACUUCAAACGAGAAGCUGGAUUAUGGCAUGGUGUCCUCACAAGUGUCAUGAAUCGGAUGCACGUCAUCAGCAUCCCCUACUUCCUGAUGAAAGUCAACCCCCUGUCCUGGAUACAGAAAGUUCACACAUAUAAAGCCCGGGUGGCAGUGGUGAAGUCCAGGGACAUGCACUGGUCUCUGCUGGCUCAGAGAGACCAGAAGAACAUCAGCCUGAGCUCACUACGCAUGCUGAUUGUAGCUGACGGCGCCAACCCUUGGUCGAUAUCCUCCUGCGAUGCCUUCCUCAAUGUGUUUCAGGCCCGCGGGCUGAGACCUGAGGUGAUCUGUCCGUGUGCCAGCUCCUCGGAGGCCAUGACUGUUGCCAUCCGGAGGCCUCCAGAAAUGGGGGUUCCUCCUCCAGGCAAGGCGGUUCUGUCUAUGGGAGGGCUGAGCCACAGUGUGAUCCGAGUGGACUCGGAGGAGAAACUCUCUGUCCUCACAGUGCAGGACGUGGGACAGGUCAUGCCUGGGGCUGUGAUCUGUGUGGUACGAGUGGAGGGAACUCCUUAUCUGUGUCAAACAGACGAGGUCGGAGAAAUCUGUGUCAGUUCAAAGAACUCCGGACUUGCUUAUUAUGGUCUGCCAGGCAUGACCAAGAACAUCUUUGAGACUGUCCCAUUGAAAGCAUCUGGAGCUCCACUCAGUGACAGACCUUUCAUUAGAACUUCUCUGCUGGGUUUUGUGGGACCGGACAACCUUCUGUUUGUAGUUGGAAAGAUGGAUGGAUUGAUGGUGGUCAGCGGCCGCAGACAUAACGCUGAUGAUGUGGUUGCUACGGCGCUGGCUGUGGAGCCCAUGAAGUUUGUAUACAGAGGAAGGAUAGCCGUGUUUUCCGUGUCUGUGCUGCACGAUGAAAGGAUUGUUGUGGUGGCAGAGCAGAGGCCAGAUGCUUCAGAGGAGGACAGCUUCCAGUGGAUGAGUCGUGUGCUUCAGGCCAUCGACAGCAUCCACCAGGUUGGGGUGUACUGUCUGGCUCUGGUUCCCGCCAACAUGCUCCCUAAAGCCCCCCUGGGUGGAAUCCACAUAUCGGAGACCAAACAACGCUUCCUGGAAGGUGCUCUGCACCCCUGCAACGUCCUCAUGUGCCCCCAUACAUGCGUCACCAAUCUGCCCAAGCCGAGGCAAAAACAGCCAGAAGUUGGACCUGCUUCUAUGAUUGUGGGGAACCUAGUGGCAGGAAAGAGGAUAGCACAAGCCUGUGGAAGAGACUUGGGGCAAUUUGAGGACAAUGACCAGUUUCUUUAUAUUCAGGAUGUUCUUCAGUGGAGAGCUCAGGCCACUCCCGACCAUCCGCUGUUCCUCGUUUUAAAUUCAAAGGGCGCAGUCGCCAGCACUGCCUCCUGUCUGCAGCUUCACAAGAGGGCAGAGCGGGUAGCAGCAGCACUGAUGGGACGCCUCAACACUGGAGACCAUGUAGCACUCGUCUACCCACCAGGAAUCGACCUGAUCGCCACUUUCUACGGCUGCCUGUAUGCCGGCUGCGUGCCGGUGACUGUCAGACCCCCCCACCCACAGAACCUGGCGACCACUCUACCAACUGUCAAAAUGAUUGUUGAGGUCAGUAAGUCGGUGUGUAUUCUAACAACUCAAGCAAUAAUGAAGCUGCUGAAGUCCAAAGAUGCUGCAGCUGCUGUAGACAUCAAGAGCUGGCCCACAGUGCUGGACACAGAUGAUCUCCCCAGAAAGAAGAAUAACCAAAUGUACAAGCCUCCUACUCCAGAGAUGUUGGCUUACCUGGACUUCAGUGUGUCCACAACAGGCAUCCUAGCAGGGGUCAAAAUGUCUCACUCUGCCACCAGUGCCUUGUGUCGCUCCAUUAAACUCCAGUGUGAACUCUACCCCUCACGGCAGAUCGCCAUCUGUCUGGACCCCUACUGCGGCCUGGGUUUUGCCCUCUGGUGCCUGUGCAGUGUGUACUCAGGACACCAGUCAAUUCUGGUUCCUCCUUUAGAGCUGGAGAGCAAUGUAUCCCUGUGGCUCACAGCAGUCAGUCAGUACAAAGUGCGCAUCACCUUCUGCUCAUAUUCCGUCAUGGAGAUGUGCACCAAGGGUCUGGGGACACAGACCGAGGCUCUGCGGUUGCGUAACCUGAACCUGUCGUGUGUGCGUACGUGCAUGGUGGUGGCAGAGGAAAGGCCUCGCAUGUCCCUCACUCAGUCCUUCUCAAAGAUCUUCAAAGACUUGGGGCUCUCACCCCGAGCUGUCAGCACCACCUUCGGCUGCAGAGUGAACGUAGCAAUCUGUUUGCAGGGUACCGCUGGUCCAGACCCUACUACUGUUUAUGUGGACAUGAGAGCUCUGCGACAUGACAGAGUUCGUCUUGUUGAAAAAGGGUCACCGCACAGCUUGCCAUUAAUGGAAUCUGGGAAGAUACUUCCUGGAAUGAAAGUGAUCAUUGCAAACACAGAAACCAAGGGUCCUUUGGGAGACUCUCAUCUUGGUGAGAUUUGGGUGAGCGGUCCUCAUAAUGCCACUGGUUACUACACGGUCUACGGCGAGGAGGCGCUGCACGCAGACCAUUUCAACACCAAACUCAGUUUUGGGGACACUCAGACAGUUUGGGCCAGGACCGGUUACCUGGGCUUUCUGCGGCGCACGGAACUGACCGAUGCGAGCGGAGAGCGCCACGACGCCCUGUAUGUGGUGGGCUCUCUUGAUGAAACGUUGGAGCUGAGGGGGAUGAGGUAUCACCCCAUCGACAUUGAAACGUCAGUUAUUCGGUCUCACAAGAGCAUCGCUGAAUGCGCCGUGUUUACUUGGACCAACCUCCUGGUGGUGGUGGUGGAGCUGGAGGGAUCAGAGCAAGAGGCUCUAGACCUGGUUGCCUUGGUGACCAAUGUUGUCUUGGAGGAGCACUACCUCAUUGUGGGGGUGGUGGUGGUGGUGGACCCCGGAGUCAUUCCCAUAAACUCCAGAGGCGAGAAGCAACGCAUGCACCUUAGAGAUGGAUUCCUGGCUGACCAGCUGGAUCCCAUAUAUGUAGCGUAUAACAUGUGAGGGCCGAGUAGCAUGAAACACUGAGAUGAACAUCAAUGAACGGGGAUUCCAGACUUCCAGCAGGCUCAGACCUCAUGUUUAUCCGCGCCUCAACAAACCAUGUUUUUAAGGGCAUUUUACAUUUUUUAUUGAGUUUCUGAUGUUUGGAAAAAAAAUGCAUUUUUGACUCAUUGAUUGAACUCAAAACGCCAGAAAGCAGUGAGGGGGUCUGUCAUGUGAUUCUACAGUGUGCCAUUAACAUAAUUUAUUUUGUUAACCUCAAACUGAUGAAUGUUAGGCGAGCACGUGUGCCAUAGGACUGACGGUGAGUCUCAGAGUUCGUUUUAGGUCCUUUGUUUUCAUGGAAAAAUAAUCAAUCAUUAAAGCAUUUACCGCUUUUGAGAACUUUUCUUUUUCUCCAGUUCAAGCAGAAACAGGGACUCAAUUGGGUCCAUUUUUUCGUUUUGUCAUCAAAGUUUUGAGCACAAUCCUAAUCUUGUGAGGACUCGACCCUCUAAUUCUGCAUCUAAACCACAGAUUAGUGUUUAAUCUGAAAAUGCAAUAAGUGUCAUGUGGAGACUGUUGGUUUGAAUGAGUGCACACAGCAAGUGCCAAUCAGCUGAGCAAUGGAGAGGACAAUACAUGUUGAUUUCCAUUAACAGCAAGCUAAAGGACGUACAGUAAAUGAAGCCUUAAGUGUUUUUUUCAAAUGCCUGUUUCCGUCUCGGCUCAAUUUUUUCAGCUGGGGUAAAAUACACAAUUGAACGUGUGGAUGAAAUUUAGCUUUAAAGCUAAUAGUCGAUUGUUUCUGUUUUGUGCCAUAAAGCUAAAGGUUAAAAAACUGAAACUCUUGGUUUGUAGUAGAUUUUUCUUCAUUUCCAAAGCCACAAGGCCAAAUAGGAGUUUGAGAUUUGAUAUGCUGCAUAUAAAUCAUGUGUCUAAUACACUCAUCACACCAUAACCGUAGCUUAUUCUGUAAAGUAUCUCUGUACAUUCUUUAUUUUCUGUGUACAUCCACUCAAGGACCGGCUCCGUCUGCUGUAAGUAUGUACAGAAUUUUGUGUAAAUUAUUAAAAGAGCCGAGAGGAGGUGACUAAUUCUGGUGAGAAUCUUUGACACCCAAAAAGCUUUUUGCAGCCGAUUCUGAUGCAUUUAAAGUCUUGCAAUUAUUUUUAGAGUAAAAGAACAGGGGACUCAGAAGAGAGGACAACGCACACGUCCGCAUAAAGAGAAGACAGUUUUGCUCUGAAACUGCUGAAAUGUCACCCUCAGUGCACACGUUUGUUGUAAUGUACGGAAAAAGACUUGUCUGAUAUAUGCGUAACUGUCAUUAUUUUCAUAACAUGAUUUCAUAAUUAAUAAAAAUUUACUUUUAAUUUA